CACCUCAUUUCAACUCAGAGGACUAAACCCCAGACAGCAUUUAUUUGGGGUCCGGUCAAGGGGAUGCUGUGUUGACGGGCCAUCAGACACAACCAACAGGAGCUAUGGUCAGGAAGCAGAGAACACCCCCUGGACCACACAAGCACUGCGAGAAAUGCUUCAACCGGUACUGCCAAGCUCCGGUGGUGCCGGCCGUCUCUUGCUUGGUGAUCAGCUGUCGCGCCUGCUGUGGCGCGGCCUUCCACAUGUGCAAAGAGGAGGAGCAUCGGCUCCUGUGCCCUCUGGAGCAAGUCCCCUGCCUCAACUCGGUCUACGGCUGCCCUUUCACCAUGGCCCGUUUUAAAGUGGCCAAACACCUCCAGGCCUGCCCCGCCAGCAUCGUCUCCUGCUCCAUGGAGUGGAAUCGUUGGCCGAGCGAGGAAUCCGAAGGGAUUCUGCAUCAGAACAUCAUAGAGGAGAAGCCCGGCACAGAAUGCUUGGAUGUCGCCUUGGCUCUGAGAGAUCAAAAAGCUCUCUUCGGCGCCCUGAACAUGGCCAAACUUUUCCCAGAGUGCCGAGAGCCUUGCGCCGUGGAUGAGGGAGACGCCACAGAUGACGAAGAUCAGGGGGCAGGAGCUGCUGGCAAAGGAGCGGGCCAGUCCGAAGAAAAUGACGUCCCGGAGCUUAGCCAGGAAGAGCGGGAGAGUUUGGCCAAGGACAAAGAAGGGAUGGAUCUGUCAGGUUACAAAGCCUGGGAAAACAUGUUUAGUAAAGAGCUGAAAGCUUGCAAAGUGACGGGCUCACUGGUUGAUGACCGGGUUAAAGAACGAGAUAGCAGCUCCGCAAAUCGAGGCCAGGCAUCCCAGGGUAGUGCGCAAAAAAAGAAUCCGGAAGCAGGCGACAGUGGCGAAACCCAACAACCCGCUCCAGUGAACUUAGCAGCAGAAAAGACUGGCUUGGCCCCUUGGCAGGAUGGUGUGCUCGAGAGGCUGAAAAAGGAGGUUCCGGUUGGAGAUUAUAAUAUGUAUCUGGUCCACCACGGGAGAAUGCUCAUCCAUUUCGGCCAGAUGGCCGCUUGCACUCCCAAAGAGAAAGACUUUGUCUACGGCAACCUGGAAGCUCAGGAGGUGAAAACUGUGACCACCUUCCGGGUUCCCGUCAGCUAUUGCGGCAAAAGAGCUCGCCUCGGGGAUGUCAUGGCACACAAAAAGCCGACUAAGAGCGUACUUGUGGAUACGUCUGACCUUGGCAUAAGCCUGGAGGAUCUCCCCAAAUCUGACGUGGUCCGAACAACACUGUUGUGUGCCUUGGAAAAAGAGCUGAAAGGUCACGAGAUCUCUGAGAUGAGGAGCACCGACGCCCUGUAUGUGGAUUUUGGGACACAGACGUACAACUUUGCCAAGGAUCCGUUCUCAUCUGUGGCUGUCCUAGCGGACGUCCUAGACGACAAAGAAUCAUCUAGCCUGCACUUGCAGCUUCACAGCGAGAGUGUGACCCGGAGGCAUAACAAGAGCAGCUCGGCGUUCACUUUCUGCUGCAACCACUUUUUCCGGCGAGAUGAGUUUCCGUCACAUUUCAAGAAUGUUCAUGCCGAUAUCCAGUCUGGCCUGGACGGUUGGUUCCAGCGCCGGUGCCCCCUGGCCUACCUGGGGUGCACGUUUGUUCAGCAUCCCUGGUGCCCCGCUGGGCUGAAGUCCCACAUCAUGUACUGCCAGCAACUCAAGACGUUUGCUGUGAGACCCCACGUCCACCCGGUUCUCUCAGAAACAAAGUGGUGCAAGUCAGUGAGAAAUGGCCGAGAGAAGGAAACGGAUGCUCUGAGCAACCUGCCCCUGGAGAUCUUGAAUUACAUUGCUGGGUUCUUGGAUAGCUUCAGCUUGUCACAGCUGGCUCAGGUGUCAGUGCUCAUGAGGGACAUCUGCGCUACUCUGCUGCAAGAGAGAGGAAUGGUCUUCCUGCUAUGGGAAAAGAAGAGAUAUUCCCAUGGAGGCAGCUCGUGGAGAGUUCGAAGAAAGGUCUGGAAGUUUAGCAGUCUGUUCUCCAGCAUUAAGACCUGGCAAUUCAGCGAUGCCCCUUCCAUGGCCACGCACUUGAAGUCCUGCCCUUUUUACGAAGUGGAGCUCAAGACCGACCCCGUCCAGCUGACCAGCAUGUUCUCAUCGGGGGAUCAGAAACAGGAGAGUUUGGUGUCCACAUUCAUGCGCAAGUCCAGCCAAAAGAAGCUUCAAAGAAGGCUGUACUAAUUUGAGGGUUGGCGUGCACGACUGCCUGCUGGUUUUGUUCCGGAUACUUUGGCAUAUAUUCAGUGGUGGGAUCCAAAAAUUUUAGUAACAGGUUCCCAUGGU